AUGCCUCCGCCCAAAUCAGCCACGUUCUACGACAACCGCACCUUCCGCUCCACCUCCAACUCCGCCACCGGCGAGGUCUCCCCCGCAACCACCUUCCGGUACCACCAGUCUGCCGCACAGCCCCACAUCGUCUGGGCCGAGUACUCGGGCGGCAGCAUCGUGCGCGGCAACUUGAUCGCCACGGUGGCCCGGGACGGCAGCAAUGCGCUGGACAUGCGCUACCACCAUGUGAACGAAUCCGGAGAGCUCAUGACGGGGAGGUGCAGGAGUACGCCUGAGGUGCUGGGGGAUGGACGGCUGCGCAUGCAUGAGAGGUGGGUGUGGACGAGUGGGGGGCAGGGGGAGGGCGAGAGUGUCAUUGAGGAGGUGGAAGGAGAGGGUGGCUCUUAG